GUUACCUCUUCAAAGCAGAAGGGAAGCCUUGUCCAUCACACAGAUAUUUUUUACUCAGAAACUAGAAAAUGAUGACGAUGAUUGAAUCCGCCAUGACCGUCCGACUUCACUCCGCCGCCAAUUUCUGCCCCUCCUCCGCCUUGCACCGUACUCCGCCCGCCUUCACUUUCUCCGUCUCCUUCUUUACAUUCUUCUUUAUGUUCUUCUACUCUUUAGAUUUACGAUCUGUUUUAGCUUAGUAAAAGCUUAAUAACUUGCUUAAAAUUGAUCCAAGUGGAUAGAAUUGCAGCUUGAUAUAUUAGUUUCACUCGGAGUUUUCUUGCAUUUUCUCGGAAACCAAAAGGAGGUUGACCUUGAUUUUGCUGGCUUAAUGCUUCUGCAGAUUAUCGUCCUACAUGGAGCUCGGAGGAGGUUUCUGGUUCUCACGUCACCGCUCACCGGCUUUUUCGGAGAGCCGGCGCUGAUAUACCUUGGAAAAGAUUUCAAAGAUCAAGUGGUGGCUCCUUUUCAAGGAGUCCCAUAAAGAAUAGGAUUCGAGCAACAGCAGAGCAUUUGGGUUCUGCAUCUGAUCCCAUAAAACAGUAUGGUAAGCCACAUUACCAUCCAUUCGAGGAGAUUGCUGAACCCGAGUCAACAUUCAAAAAUGGUGAAGAUGCUAGACUUACAGCUGCAGAAACUACUAGGACCAUUAUUGAGUGUGUCAUGUUCAGGUGAACAGUACAGCAUCACUGAUGUUUACUGAUUUGAUUAAUGAUGAAGUUCAUGAGAAUGUUGUCUGGCCAGACUUGCCUUAUGUAACAGAUGAGCAUGGAAAUAUAUACUUCCAGGUGAAGAAUGAUGAAGACAUUUUGCAAACUCUUACCUUAGAAAAUAGCUUCUUGCAAGUCAUCAUAGGAUUUGAUACGAUGGAAUUGAUGAAGGAAAUUGAGUUAUCAAGUCCAUCAGAAAUUGAUUUUGGAAUUGAGGAGAUUGAAGAUGAUGAUGAUGAUGACAAUGACGAUGUUGAUGAUGAUGAUGAUGAUGAGGACGACGGAGAUGAAGAGGAUGAUGAUUAUGAUGAGGAUUGGGUUACUGUUGUCGAGGCUGAAGGUAAUCAAAAUGACUUCAAUGAGAUACUUGGAGACUGGGCAAAAUUGGAGACCAUGCGGUCCUCUCAUCCAAUGUAUUUUGCCAAAAAGCUGGCUGAGGUUGCUUCAGAUGAUCCAGUAGAUUGGAUGGAGCAGCCUCCAGCUGGUCUAGCAAUCCAAGGCCUUCUAAGACCUGCCUUAGUUGAGGAACACUCAGACAUCCAGAAGUAUAUGUCUUCAAAUAGGUCCCGGAUUGCUGAUAAAAAAAUAAAUGAGGUUGGAAAAACUGUAGAAGACAAAGUGGAUGAUAUUGACAUAAUCAUUGGUAACAGGCAUGAACUAGGGUCAACUGAACACAGUUCAACAGCAUCAGAGGAAUCAGAACAUGAUGAAAUCCCAACAAACGAUACUUCAUUUUAUAAAUUGGAAAUGAUUAAAAUUCAGCUCAUCACAGAACAUGGGCAUCAGAUGUUUGUUGAACUAGAAGACUACAAGAGAGCUCAACCUGAUGCCAUUGCACAUUCAGCAUCCAACAUUAUAUCUCGGUUCAAGGCUGGUGGAGAGAAGUCCGUACAAGCCCUCAAGUCACUCUGUUGGAGAUGUAAGGGAAUCCAAGUAGAGGAGGCAACUUUGAUUGGCGUGGAUUCCCUUGGAUUUGACUUGAGGGUUUGCUCUGGAAAACAAAUUCAGACGCUGAGAUAUGCAUUUCCUACCCGGGCUAGUUCAGAGUACGGUGCUGAGAGACAACUGAAUGACCUUUUAUUCCCACGAAUCCAUCAAAAGCCACAGAAAAAGAAACAAGCUCAUCAAAAUGAAUGUUAAUGUUUUCCAUAGAUCAUAUCCAGAAAAAUUCUUUGCUGUUUGUUGUAUUGUAUCUUCAAGUUACAAUUGUAUGUAGCAGGUUUUAGGACAAAAAUAAUUCCAAUCUGCCAUCCAAUUUAUUUGUUCAAUUGUAGUAAUGAUCAUGUCAAUCCUUUCCUUCCUCUCUCCAAAAUCUUCCCUUCGCUUUUGCAGUACUUU